AUGUUUCAUCCACAAACCUCAUUAAACAACUUUUUGGAGGAUCUACCGACUUAUUUACCAAAUCAAGAGUCCAAUGAGCAAGAUAAAGUAAAUAACCAAUCUCAGAACCAAUCAUCUCACUCAAUUCCUUUUGAGUCCAAAGUUAAGGAUAAUGAUGAAUUCCAAACAAAGCAAAAACCAGAAGAAAAACUAGCUAAGUUCUACAAACCUGUGAAGAUACCAGGAACCAACAUAACACUACAGACAGAAGAAGACAUUGCCAAAUGGAUUGAAGAACGUAAAAAGAACUGGCCAUCCAAAUCAAAUAUCGAAAAGAAAGAACAAAUAAAAGCAGAAAAACGUAAAAAAUAUCAAGAUAACACAACCUCAAUCGGUCAAACAAAAAGAAAAUUAGAAGAAAGCAAUCAGAAUGAAUCUAGCAAUAGUAAUAAAAGAAGUAGAAAUAUAUGUCGACAUUUUCAACAAUUUAAAAAAUGUAAAUUUGGAACCAAAUGUAAGAAUCUACAUGAGAUACCGAAUGAUCCAAAUCCAAUUGCUUCAAAUUUUAAGAAUGAUUUAACUCAUACGAAAAGGAAAUUAAAUGGUAUAACUAUACUAGUGCCAAAAUUAUAUUCGAAUAGGACUGAGAAUACUCCUACAUCUAAGUCAUCUUUAUUUAAGCAUUUAAUUACUCAAGAUCAAGCUCAGAAUGAAAAUCAACUAGUGCUUGACUUUAUAAAAUACCUUGACGAAAAAGGAUUGAUCAAUCAUGAUGUAAUGAAAUAG